GAAAAUGUACCACUCUCUGACCCCGACUUUCGCUCGUAUCUAUUAUAGCCGGUUACUGCUUCAACAAUUUAUAUCGCCUCGUUCGAUUUAUCUGCAUAUACAGCUUUGAUUGUAUUCGUGUACUUGACUCUUGUGCUCCUUGCCGUCGCGCCUUUUCUGUCCGAUCCGAUUUUCGGCAUAUAGUCACCAAACUUCUCGGUUGAGCACGCUGGACCAAUGGAGGUUUGAGAGCUAAUUUGAAUGCUUCCUCUACUGGGAAUGGUGAGAGUAAUUCGGAUGAUUCUGUGGCAUAUAAGAGUGACUACAAUCGCGUGGUCUAUCUGCUCAGGUUGAUCGUUCGACCAUGGGGGAUGACGUUCGUCUAGCCCCUCGCCAGAUAUGGGCACAACCGACAACAUCUUCAACGAAGACUUACCAACCCGGAUGUACUCCAUUCGUGCUCCCCAGUGAAGGUUACAUUUAUCUGAAUCUCUCUUAUUCGAUAGCCCUAUCAGAAAAUGCCGUUUUUGAGCCAGUCUGCACGAGUACCGCGACCGCGUCGAGAGGUCCAUCCCCAAUGCUCGAUACCCGUGACCCCUUUUACGCUUCGGUGACUCCCCAAUUAUAUGCUAUCGGCUGCGCAACAGUAGUUAGCUACCUUCUCGUCAUUAUUCUUCUUAUAACGCCACGCACGUUUUAUGUUGGUGGUCCUGGUGGUGGUGCCAACUUUCUAGGGCGCCAUGGCAUGAUUAGUGGCUCAUAUAGCGGUAAUUCCUCGGUGGUGGGAGUUGGUGGUCGGCCAUGGCUGCAGAAAGUGGCUGCGCUGCUCGUUGCUAUAUCGUUGACAAUUGCGACUGCCGAUUCAUUCAAGGUGGCCGAGGACCAGUAUAUACACGGCUACUCUGAUGCCGAUGCGCUUGCCUCGGAGGUCAUCGACGGCAUGGAAAUCCGCGUUAUCAGAGUCAUAUCGAGCACUUUUCUCUGGCUUGCGCAGGUUCAAACACUGAUUCGACUAUUCCCUCGACAUAAAGAGAAGGUCAUGAUUAAAUGGGCCGGUUUCGCCUUGAUUGUGUUGGACACGAUAUUCAGUAUCUUGGAUAAAUUCCUGGUCCAGAGCAACACUACAAGACCGCGAUUAUAUGAAGAUGCAAUACCCGCGCUCAGUUAUCUUUUCGAGCUUGCGCUUAAUUUGCUCUAUGCGGCAUGGGUUAUCUUCUACUCGCUAUCCAAACAUCGUUUCGCAUUCUUUCACCCGAAGAUGAGGAAUAUCUGCCUGGUGGCCCUCUUAUCGUUAUGUGCGGUUCUAAUACCAGUUGUGUUUUUCGUUCUGGAUAUCGCAAAGCCUGAGGUCGCUGGCUGGGGUACAUACAUUAGGUGGGUUGGAUCGGCGGCGGCUAGUGUGGUGGUUUGGGAAUGGGUAGAACGCAUUGAAGCAUUAGAACGAGAUGAAAGAAAGGAUGGUAUCCUCGGCAGGGAAAUUUUCGAUGGUGAUGAAAUGCUUGAAGUGACCCCUUCUGAAGAGGUCGAUUGGCCUCGCCAAAACAAUAGGAACGACAGAGGAGGAGGUACAGGCACAUCCUCGGGAUGGGGAGGAAUGAUGGGGUUGACUCAACGUCCAUUGCGCACUCGAGUUGGUCACCCUGGGGGCCGUAACCGGCAGACUCGUGCUGACGCACAAAACCCUGCCAUGUCUAAUGACCCCCGUCAACGGGGAGCAGCCCGGCCCACCCCACCGCCCGCUGCUGUCACACCUGUCAGCCGGGCGGACACCACGAGCGCUGCCAGUACUGUGUACAAUGUACAUUACCAUCCUGUCUCUAGCCCUACACCGCCGGUCGCUAUGCCGCAUAUGGAGGAAGAAAACGAAGCCGACGACUAUGGCGAUGUUGCCGGCAAGGAAUUGGAAACCGCCGUCGAGGAGCAUCGAUCGAAUUCGGCCCAUGAGCGCAUAUCAGCGGAGCAGACCAGGGAAGAGUCGCCCCAGAUUAUCAACGUGGACGACCGAUGGCGGACUAUACUCAACCCCUUCAGGCGCAGGCGUGCGUCUCUACCUAGGGAAGUUGCUUCAGCACAAGCAGAAGAGGAGCAGGAGGACCCUAGUAGAGAUGGAGGUGAGUUAGACCAGGGUGAGCCUAGCGAGCAGGAGUUGUCGCGACCCGUCAUCAAUCGUCUAUUCGCGCUCAAUCGCAAACCGAGGCCCGGCUCUGGACGGCAAGGCUCUGAUGCUCCGUUACCGGUUACGGUCAUCCCCGCCAGGCGUCGAGGCCAGCACACAUGGUCGCCCGAGUGGUUCACUGAGUCUAAUCUUCUUGAACCAUCCCCAGGUCAACGGCCCCGACCAAAUCGCACUGAUUUGCCGGUAAGGGUGAUACAACCACAGACUCGCACAGCUGCGCCUUGGGCAACGCCCAACGAAGGAGAAUUUGGCUAUGGCAAUUAUGAAUUACGUUAUGACCCUGAAGCGGCAGCGCUUGUGGGACCUGGUGAAUCUCAUCCUUAUCCGCAGUCGACCGAUCAUGCUUAUCUUGAUACAAAUGUCGAUCCCGAAAGACCCUCCGUUGCCGAACGGCAUGGUCAAACUCAAGAGCUAGAUCAAUCUGCGCCUGAGCGGUUGCUAUCACCACAACAUCCUCAGCCGACCAAUUCACCGAAUGAUAGUCAUGCCACCACUGAAAAUUCUAGACCUCGGUGAGGAAUUCGAGGCUCAUGUUCUAGUCCAUACUUCCUUGGUGGACUGCGCAUUUCAUUUGUUCGGUCCGAGUUAGACGAUUCAUUAUGAUCCAUAUCGUCGAUUUUCUUUCUCUUUACAUUAACUUUUGACAUAUUCUUGAUUUAGCGGGAGUAUCGCUGGAUGUAUCUAAUGGGAGUCUUGCUUUUCUCGAUCUUAUAUUCUUUUUUGGUUUUUUUUUUUUUUUCU